GAGCUGAUGACCUUGCAUAAGGGGAGGGGAGGAGCAAGAGGGAGAAGCAGGGAAAGAGAAACUUGCUCGCACCUCCGAGGCAGAGGAAGGCAGGUCCCAUAGACACCCCCCAGCCAUGCAGACUUUGAGGCUGCCCCCCAAGUUCUGCUGGAGCCUCCUGCGGCUGAGCAGCCCCCCAAGGUCUGGUGGGCUCCCGGCUUUGACGUACCCUCCUCCUCAUCCAAAUGGAAGGAGACUCUAUGCUACGCAGACGGCGGAGGCCGUGCUGGAUAAAUCGAGUGCGAAGUCCAACGCAGUUUCCCAAGCGAUACCGGAAAAGAAACCUUUAAUUGCAGAGUCGAAGUCAUUUGCUGUUGGGAUGUUCAAGGGCCAGGUCAACACAGAACAAGUCUUCCCUUAUCCUUCAGUUCUAAAUGAAGAUCAGGCCCAGACACUGAGAGAGCUGGUGGGACCCGUCUCUCGGUUCUUUGAGGAGGUGAACGACCCGGCCAAAAAUGAUGCACUGGAGAAGGUGGAGGACAAGACCAUGGAAGGCCUCAAGGAGCUCGGAGCUUUUGGCUUGCAAAUCCCCGUCGAGCUCGGGGGGCUGGGGCUCAGCAACACCCAGUAUGCGCGAAUGGUGGAGAUCGUUGGCAUGCACGACCUAGGGGUGGGCAUCACCUUGGGGGCCCACCAGUCGAUCGGGUUUAAGGGCAUCCUCCUCUAUGGCACCAAGGAGCAGAAGGAAAAGUACCUCCCCAAACUGGCAACAGGUGAGACCAUUGCUGCGUACUGCCUGACGGAGCCCACUAGCGGCUCGGAUGCGGCUUCCAUCCGUUCCACGGCUGAGCUCAGCCCCUGCGGCACUUACUACACUCUCAACGGGAGCAAGAUUUGGAUCAGCAAUGGCGGCCUUGCGGAUAUAUUCACCGUUUUCGCAAAAACGAAGAUAAGGGAUGAGGCGACCGGGGAAGUGAAGGACAAGAUCACGGCCUUCAUAGUGGAGCGGGCCUUUGGGGGCGUCACGCGCGGACCCCCGGAGAAGAAGAUGGGCAUCAAGGCGUCCAACACUGCCGAGGUUCACUUUGACGGGUGCCGGGUCCCUGUCGAGAAUGUCAUAGGGGCCCCCGGCUCUGGGUUCAAGGUGGCCAUGAAUAUCCUGAACAACGGGCGGUUUGGCAUGGCUGCUGCCAUGGCCGGCACCAUACGGGGGCUGAUCAUCAAAGCGGUGAACUAUGCAGCAAACAGGACCCAGUUUGGAGACAAAAUCCACAACUUCGAGGGAAUUCAGGAGAAACUGGCUCGCAUGGCAGUUCUACAGUACGUGACAGAGUCCAUGGCGUACAUGAUCAGCGCGAAUAUGGACCAAGGGGCAACCGACUUCCAGAUCGAGGCGGCCAUCAGCAAAAUCUUUGGCUCGGAGGCUGCUUGGACUGUUGCAGACGAGUGCAUCCAGGUCAUGGGCGGAAUGGGCUUCAUGAAGGAUGCCGGAGUGGAACGUGUGCUGCGUGACUUGAGAGUGUUCCGGAUCUUUGAGGGAACCAAUGACAUCCUGCGGCUGUUUGUCGCGCUCAAUGGAUUUCAGAACGCCGGGAACGAGCUCCGCGGGUUACAGCGCGCCAUCAAGAAUCCUCUUGGAAACGCUGGGCUCAUCGUCAGCGAGGUUGGGAAGCGAGUCCGCAGGAAAGCCGGUUUAGGAACGGGGAUAACCUUGAAGUCCGUAGUGCACCCAAGUCUGGACUCCAGUGGUGAGCGGGCAGUACGGGCAAUCGAUCUUUUUGGUGCUGUUGUGGAAGAGAAGAUUCUGAAACACGGCAAAAAGAUUAUUGAUGAACAAUUUGUGUUGAAACGCAUCGCUGACAGUGCAAUUGAUUUGUACGGCAUGGUUGUGGUGCUCUCCAGGGCAUCCCGGUCCCUGGAGCGUGGAGAACCCACAGCCCAGCAUGAGAAGAUGCUUUGCGACACCUGGUGCAUUGAGGCCUACGACCGCAUCACUCAGAACCUGACCUCCCUGCGUUCCGACAACACACGCCACUUCUUCAGGAACCUCCGGGGCAUCUCCAAAGCGUUGGUGGAGAACGAAGGGGUGGUUUCCCACAACCCUCUGGGCAUCUGAGACGUGCCAGCCGUUCCUGGAGCUGUCUCCUACACCCUCUUUGCCCCCACCCUAAGAGAUGUAACGAUUAGAGCCUGCAGAUUCAGAAAGGAGGGGGUUCAACCGUCCGUAGCUCAUUCCCCCUCCCAAGAGAAAUAUACCUCUUUGCUUUAUAAAUGCCUUAACGGACUCCUGUUUGUUUUGGCAGGGUACGUGAAUACUAGAGUACGAUCGCAGAAUUGUAGAGUUGGAAGGGACAUCCACUCCAACCCCCUGCAAUGCAGGAAUCUCAGCUAUUCUUGUGCUCAGGUAGUAGGUAGAAUUUUGAAGGAGUGGGGAAAGGCUUUCAUUUGAAUUCUGUAUUUGGCUUCCUUUGAGAGAGUGGCAAAUCUUCCCCUCCACGCAUGCGCACCGUGACCUUAGCGAAGACUCUUCUCCCGUCCCCAGUGCAAUUAUCAUAAAUUCUGAGGUCAGAAUUCUCUGAAUUGCAAAAGGGGACCAGACUCCUAAAUCCAGCUGCUUGCCUAUUUCAUUGGCGUCCCAGAAUUCACGAGCCACUUGAGUUGGAAAGUUUAGCUAUAAAUCAGCGCCGUGUAUAAAGCCCUCUGCCUCUGAUUGCUGUAUUUUCUGCGGGAGAAAAAAAACCUAUUAAAUUGCAUCGACAAAUCUGGAGAGCUGCUGAAGUGGGAUAGAUUUUUCAGAGAAGCUGUCCAGUGUAAUGCACGUGUUGACAUCGGAAGAGCCCUGCGGCUGGAUCCGGCCCACCUAAUCCAGCGUUCUGUUCUCACAGCGGCCAACCAGGUUCCCCUGUGGGAAUCCCAGAAGCAGAACCUGAAUGCAAACAUGCUUUUGCCACUUGUGAUUCCCAACAACUGGUGUUCGAAAGGAUACUGCCUCCGAUGGUGCAGUUAGAGCAUAAGAAGAGCCUGGUUGCUGGAUCAGGCCAAUGGCCCAUCUAGUCCAACGUCCUUUUCUCACGGUGGCCAGCCAGGUGCCCCAGCAGGCAGGGCCUGAAUGCAACAGCAGUGCUGGCCCCAUUUUGUGACUCCCAGCAGCUGCCUCCAACCGUGCAUGUAGAUAGAACAUAAACCAUUGUGGUUAGCGGCCGUUUGAGAGCCUUUACAUCCAGGAGUUUGUCUUGUCCUCCUGUAAAGCCAUCGUAGUUUGUGGCCACCCGCUACCUCCUUGUGGGAACGAACUCUGCAGUUUAACUUAGGUUAAAUGAGAAUUUCCUUUUAUCCGUCUUGAAUCUUCCAAGUGUUGAUUUAAAAAUAGUCGCUGACACACACGCAGCAAAUUACAGAAAGUGGAAGGCAGCACAUCGGAGAGUAGAGCAUGGGUUUUUAGUACCCAGUCUGCAAGGCUUUUUACAGAAAAAGGGGGCGGGGAACGUUUAUAGUGGCAGAGGAAAACACGUCUUGCCAACUGGGCAGUUUCUGUGACGUUCCUGGGGUGGAAGGGAUUUGAGCCAUUGGGGGAAAGGAUUGUAAAAUAAGUAGCAGAAGUGCCCUCAUCCCACCCAAAAUGCCAAGUCUUGCAUCUUUGGUUGUAUAACAUACACAUCUUGGCCUCCGGGUGCUCACUUAACUGCUUACCUCUCUUUCUCAGCCAAAAUUGGGUUGGAGUUUGGCACUUGUUGGAAGUAAGAGUCUUGGAAUUUAAGUUUGAUGUCGCCCAAGUCAUUUGAAGGGGGGGGGGAUUUGAAGUUGUCACAGUUGAAAUGCAAUGUUGGGGGAGUGGGCCAUCCCAAGCAACUUUUUCCCCCUUUUGGAUCUGCUGUACUAAUGAUUGUUGUCAACAUUCCCACUUAUGGAUGCUAUCUGAUUGUGUUUUAUGAACAGUGUUAUUAAACAUGUGAAACUGA